CUUCAAUCUCGAUGUCAUGUCGUCGUCGCAAAUCCAGACUCCUAAACCCUUAUGAACACUAUGGUCGCCUUUUGGAGCCCAACACUGCUUUGUCCGGCAUCUUGUGUGGCCUUCUCAUCUCGUCCCGUUGGCGGCCCGCUGUUUCGAUCCCCACAUGUCACCUGAGCUCCCCUGAAAUAAUCUCCAAGACCGCAUGAUCAACUUCUUCCAUGAACACACGCCGCACCGAACCGAGCGAUCCACGUUUGCCGCUCAAAUACACGAUCGUUGUCAGGUGGACUGCGAGAUAAAACCAGGAGGUAGCGCGGGGCUGAGGAGGAGCGCAGCUGCGUGAAAGAAAAUGUCGUUUUCUCGCAUCUGCAUCUUUCUCGGUCUGUGCCUGUGGACGCCGUCGCUCUUCGCGCUCUCGCCGCAGUUCUUUGCAUGCCAGGUCCAAAAGCCCGCGUCACAGUCCCCGCUCUGCGGCUGUCCGACUGGCACGAUCUUCGUGUCGGCAAGUGACAAGCGGGCCCAGUUUACCACAAUCCAGGCCGCCAUAAAAUCUCUGCCUGCUACUGGACAGGCGACAAUCCUCAUCGGCCAAGGCGUUUACAACGAAAUCGUGAAUGUGACGCGGACAGCGCCUGUCACUCUGCUUGGGCAACUUCCGGCAUCCGCUGUGCUGGCGGCCAAGCCUUUUGCCAACGCGUCUUCGCCAGACCUGAAUCUGGUCCAAGUGUUCGGUUCCGUGUUCGACAAAACCGGUCAAGACGACGAGACCACAGCGGUCUUAGUGGUCGCCCCGAAUCUCGCGUCGUCCCUCAUCGGCGCCGGUACCGACGGUGCCCCGCUGCAGCCGAGCUUCGGGAACGUGGACUUCAAAGCGUACAACAUCGACUUCCAGAACCGGGCGGCCAAUUUCGCGAUCGCACAGGCACUUGUGACGGACAUCUCCUACUCGAACGCAUCUUUCUACGGCUGCACUUUCGCGAGUUACCAGGACACCUGGUACACCGGACGUAACGCCAGCACGUAUGUUGUUGAUAGUGUCAUCUUCGGGCAGACAGAUUAUUUGUUCGGCUUCGGCACCGCCUGGUUCCAGAAUGUGAUCUUGGCCAACCGGGCCUGCGGAGGUGGAAUCGUGGCCUGGAAGGGCAACAACCAGACCUUUGCGCCUGGGAACCGAUACGGGGCAUACAUCGCCUCCUCAACUAUUAUGCGGGCACGUAUCGGGCAGCCAUCAUCUCUUACUCGCUCUGACCGCAGCGAACAGUCUCCGGAUGCGAACGCGACGACUGUCACCAACGGCAAAUGCGCCCUCGGCCGGCCCUGGAACGAUCAUGCGACGACGGUUUAUCUGUCGACAUUCAUGGACGAGAGCAUCAAUCCUAUAGGAUUUAUACCAUUCUCUAGCAGCAGGCCGACCAUUAUGAAUACGACUUAUUAUGCCGAAUUCAAUUCGACGGGCCCCGGCGGGAACACCAAGUCGCGGGUGGGCAUCGAGCACAUCCUCACGGCCUCACAGGUCAGCAACUUUACGGUCGACGGGGUGUUCCUGGAGCACCCCAAGUGGAUCGAUUUCAACUACAUCUUCUAGUAGUACUCGAGGACACGUGAUAAUACUAAAUCAAAAAGAGUGGCGAGCUUUAACAGCUGUGUCUAUA